AUGACGAGUAGUUUGCGUCCAACUCAACCAACGCCUUUGUUUGUCAUCGAAACAUGUUCGUCGGACGAUAUUCCGCAAUUAAUCAAAUCUCCGAAACAAUCGUCAACUGUUUCUUCACGUGCAUGGAGUCUACCCAACUGUAAUGAAACAUACAAGGAUCUACACGGUGCUAUCCAUUACUCGUUUUCUAAUCGACUGAACAAUCUUUUGAAACGUUCACGAUCAUAUCCGAACAAUUAUCUGUUGUUAUAUUCCAAAAUGAAUGAAAUUCUCUUUCGAACACAAUCACCGUCUGCGUCCAUGUCAUUCAACGUAAAUUUUCUUGAUCCUAAUCAUGGAACAUUAACGCCGAGUGGUGCGUCAUCACGUUAUUCUUUAUACGGAAGUUUUUUCGAUCUUUCAGAAAGCGGUUAUUAUCCUCCCUCAGAUAAUAAAUUCUUAACUAUCGAAGGUCGACCCCUACUGAUUGUGGAUCAUUCUCCUCGAUCAACAUCGAAUGCUUAUCAAGAUAAAUGUACUGAUUGGUUGGAUCAUCUGACAACAAGUUCAACUUGA